UGUGCUUUAGAGUGGCUUGCCUCCAGAGAGGGCUGGAAGGUUAGGACAUUCUUGCUGUCCUCGAUUGGAGCAGAGAGUCUGAGAGCUUCUGGAGGAGAAGGGGAGGACAGACGGGAGGCGCUGUUCCUCCGGAGUUUCUUUUUCUUGCAAUUCCUCGCGCGCCUGCGAGUGCGCUCGCCUACAGUCAUCCCUGUGGUCUGGCUAUUGUGGACAAGAGGUGGAGAGGCUCCAUCUCAGCCGGUGGCCAGAGGCUGGAGGCUCAGGGUACCUCCCCUGAGAAACGGUUGCCCAGCAAGUUUUCCCAAGUCUAGGCAGCUGUGCAGCCCGGGCCGCCACGCCGGAGCCCGGGACCCCACGCCACCCACCCUUGCGGGCUCCGCUUCCUUCGCCCAGGCGCUUCGCGAGGACCGGGUAUCUGCUGCGCCUGCCCAGCUCCACGGUGAAUAAAAAAAAAAGUAAGGGCAUAAAAGCAACACAGUAAGAGACAUUUGCUCACAUUUGCAUCAAGAUGGAAAUCUUUUGCUUUCUGGUAUCCUUUUGGGUGGUGUUGGUUGGCUGUGUCAUCAGUGAUAAUCCCGAGAGCUACGGCACAAACCUCAGCACUCGUGUGGACAAUUUCACCACUUUUCGUGGGACAGAGCUCAGUUUCCUGGUUACCACUCAUCGACCCACUAAGUUGGCCCUACCCGGCAACGGCUCGAUGCACAGCUAUUGCCCGCAGCAGACUAAGAUCACUUCCGUCUUCAAGUACAUUAACACUGUGAUAUCUUGUACUAUUUUCAUCGUGGGAAUGGUGGGCAAUGCAACUCUGCUCAGGAUCAUUUACCAGAACAAGUGUCUGAGGAAUGGCCCCAACGCGCUGAUAGCCAGCCUCGCCCUUGGAGACCUUAUCUAUGUGGUCAUCGAUCUCCCUAUCAAUGUAUUUAAGCUGCUGGCUGGGCGCUGGCCUUUUGAUCACAAUGAUUUUGGCGUAUUUCUUUGCAAGCUGUUCCCAUUUUUGCAGAAGUCCUCAGUGGGGAUCACUGUCCUCAAUCUCUGUGCUCUCAGCGUUGACAGGUACAGAGCAGUUGCCUCCUGGAGUCGUGUUCAGGGAAUUGGGAUUCCUUUGAUCACUGCCAUCGAGAUUGUCUCCAUCUGGAUCCUUUCUUUCAUCCUGGCCAUCCCUGAAGCAAUUGGCUUCGUCAUGGUGCCCUUUGAAUACAAGGGUGAACAGCACAAAACCUGUAUGCUCAAUGCCACGUCCAAGUUCAUGCAGUUCUACCAGAAUGCAAAGGACUGGUGGCUGUUCGGGUUCUAUUUCUGCAUGCCCUUGUUGUGUACCGCCAUCUUCUACACGCUUAUGACUUGUGAGAUGUUAAACAGAAGGAAUGGAAGCUUGAGAAUUGCCCUCAGCGAACAUCUCAAACAGCGUCGAGAGGUGGCGAAAACGGUUUUCUGUUUGGUUGUAAUUUUUGCUCUUUGCUGGUUCCCUCUCCAUUUAAGCCGCAUUUUGAAGAAAACCGUGUACGAUGAGAAGGACGAGAACCGAUGUGAAUUACUCAGUUUCUUGCUGCUCAUGGAUUACAUUGGUAUGAACUUGGCAACUAUGAAUUCAUGUAUAAACCCAAUAGCUCUAUAUUUUGUGAGCAAGAAAUUUAAAAAUUGUUUCCAGUCUUGCCUCUGCUGCUGCUGUUACCAGUCCAAAAGCCAGACGACCUCUGUCCCCAUGAAUGGAACAAGCAUCCAGUGGAAGAACCACGAACAAAACAACCACAACACAGAGAGGAGCAGCCACAAGGACAGUAUAAACUAAACAUCUGAAGAAACAUUCAUCAAUAUUCCUUCAAACCUACUGGAGACAAAAAAAUUACACAGCAACGCUGUCUCCAGAAAUCUCUUCUCCCAUGACUCAGUCCCACCCUCAGAAAAUACUUUCCAAAACAUCAGAGUGAACUCGUUUAUACCCACAAAUUCAAUGAAUCUUACUUCUUUAAUUUAUCUAAUUUACAUAUUCUACAUGUUAUAUUCAGCACUAAAAAAUGGUGAGAGUUGGCAGGGGGAAAGGAGACAGGGAAAUGAAACCAGAAGGAUAUUUACUACUUGUACAUGAAAAUACUUUUCAAGUACGUGACUCAUGUUCGUGGCAGUUCUGUCAAAUGUUCAGUGAGACCUGGUCACCAUGAAAGUUUAGAGAUUAUGAAAAAGGUUUUCUAUUUUUUUAAGUGAUUUUUUUUUUCCAAACACAGCAUGGGUUUAAGUCACCUUUAUUUGAAAUGACAUUUAGUGCCAAUAUUUUUUAACUGCAUAGUAGCCUAAAAAUGAUUAAUUGAGUUUAUUUACAUAUAUUUUGGGGGAAAAAAAAGUUAAACAGAAUUCAGGUGAACAAUUAGGUUAAUGUUUCUCGUGCUGCUGUUUUAUUUUUAAAACAUGCUCAGUCACAACAAACACAGGCACUUAAAGCACAGACUGAUAACCACAUAUGCAGUUUAAUAGCUGCUAUUCAAAAAUGUUUAAAGAACCUAUAUUUUUUAAUGGUGUUUCAUUACAGGAGAUCUUGCACAUAAUUUAUGUUAAGUUUAAAAAUAAUGCUUGAAUCAAAUAUUUCUAUUUUUCAUAAGCCCAAUCUUUUUUUAAUGUCGUUUGUGUAAAUCAAUAUCAUUCACCAAAAUUUAAACGUACAUGUCAUUAAACUAUACCUAAGACUUCCAGUGCAAUGCGUAGAAGUCUAAAGCACACCUAGGAGGAAAGGAUUAAAUAUUUUUAGAAGAUCUGGAAGUUUUCAUUGAGUUUUUUAGUAAUAGUAGCAUGUACAUGUAUAUAUAUAUAUAUAUAUACAUAUAUAUACAUAUAUUCAGACAUCUGUACAUUAUAUAUUAUGGAUAUAUAUGGAUAUAUAUACAUUAUACAUAUCACCUCAUAUUCUCUUGAUUUAUCUUAAAUUGUUAAUUGGCAGUAAAACAUUUUUGGUCAUUCCUUUUUCCAUACAGGAAACAUAAUUUCAAAGUGGCCAGCUGAGUUUAUCAUGUCAGUGAAAUACAAUUACCCCCAAAUGCCUCCAGGAGCUAUAGUUCUUCACUUCUCCAGGUCUCCAGUAUGAACUCAAACACCUCCCCCACCCCCACUUCUCACAUGGUCACCAUUUCAAAGGGCCCACACUGACUUUGGCUGGGCAUUUCUAAGUUUACAGACUGUGAGUAUAGCAGAAAAUCUUUUACUGUGUGUAUAUAAAUAUAUAUAAACUGUACAUUUCUUUUAGCCAAUUUUUCUGUGAUUGUCUCUGUGGAAUGCAUCUGUGUGUAUGAUAUAUGCAUGUAUGUGAUGGUAUGCAUGGACAUGUAAUCGAAUAUGAAUGCCCUGUAAGUGUCCAAAGCACGCACGCUGAGUGGGAUCCACGUGGUUGUCCAUCGUGACAACUGGCCUCGGUCAGUUUUAAUCUCUCUGUGUUCCUAAGUCUUAUGACCAUGUCACCAUCACAAAUGGAAUAUAAGGCAUGCAAGGGGAUGGGCCAUGGGCUAUCAAUGGGUUUUUGUUUGUGUGUUUGGUUGGUUGGUUGGUUUGGUAAAGCGGUAUUCGGGGUUGUAGUUUUUUCCUGUGCUGGAGCAAAAGUCAUUAGACUUUGAAGUACUCUAUUUUCCUAAUCCUCGACUCAAUGUGGUGAUGAGAUUGACAAGUGGUCUGAUGUUUCUAUCAGACUACACCAGACAGAUUACUGAUGUUCAAUUAGCUAAUGAUUUGUUGGGCUGUAUUUUAGCACAGUCACGAAUAAAUCAUAUCCGGUUCCAGGUGAUCCAAUUGCAGGGCUCCUUUAUGGGUUAGCAGUGAAAAUCCAUUAUUCCACUGGUACAUCACAUGCAGUGAUAUAUACCUAGAGUAUAAGCCAUAGGUUCACAUUAUAUUGUUUAGGCAAUUGCCUUUUUUUUUAAGAUGCUUGUCUAUUGCAUGUGAAGAAUGCAUUUUGUAAGUUCAGAAAGUCAUAGAUUUCUGAAUAACCACAAAGGCUUCAAUGUACAUUUUUGUUUAUGCACCAGUAAGUAACUGUGGGUUAGUAGGAAGAUUUCCAGUUUCUACUCUUAUCACAUUUUUCCAAGGAAAUCUGUAGAAAUGAGCCAGAGGCCGAAGCACUGCAUUGGCAUUGGCCUGUAAGUAUACAAUAAAAGUUUA